GGGGCAGCCAGUGGCGCCGGGCUCGCCCGCGUCAGCUCGGGUCUCCCGCCUCCGAGUCCCUGCCCCGCGCGGGCAGGACCUGCUCCCUUCCCUGGCCUAAAGGCGCUCUUCGCCAUCUGAGAAGGAAGAACUGGGGGCACGGUGCCCGCGAGGUGGGGUGCGCGCCACGGACAUCUUCGUCCCCCACUGUAUCCCCGAGUUUGGGGUUAGAGCAGAGAUGAGACAUUAGAGGAGAAAGGAAACGCCCUUGGGCUAAUGCCCACGCCGGGAAAGCUCUCGCCGACUCUUCGUGGCGCAGGCAUCUUGGUCCUCCUUUUGCAGGUGUCCUGCCUCUGCGGCUCUGCCCCCUGUGUCCUGUGUAGCUGCUGCCCCUCCAGCCCCAACUCCACCGUGACCCGUCUCAUCUUCACGGCCUUCCUCUUCCUGGGGGUCUUGGUGUCCAUCAUCAUGCUGAGCCCCAGCGUUGAGAGUCAGCUCCACAAGCUGCCGUGGGUGUGUGAGGAGGGGGCCACGACGACGCCCGUCAUCCUUCAGGGCCACAUCGACUGUGGCUCCCUGCUCGGCCACCGCGCCGUCUACCGCAUGUGCUUUGCGACGGCGGCCUUUUUCUUCCUCUUCACCCUGUUCAUGAUCUGUGUGCGCAGCAGCCGGGACCCCAGGGCUGCCGUCCAGAACGGAUUUUGGUUCUUUAAGUUCCUGAUCCUCGUGGCCAUCACCGUGGGCGCAUUUUAUAUCCCUGAGGGCUCCUUCUCCAACAUCUGGUUCUACUUCGGUGUCGUGGGCUCCUUCCUCUUCACCCUCAUCCAGCUGGUGCUGCUUAUCGACUUCGCUCACUGCUGGAACCAGCGGUGGCUGUGCAAGGCCGAGGAGUGUGACUCCCGGGCCUGGUAUGCAGGCCUCUUCUUCUUCACCCUCCUCUUCUACACGUUGUCCAUCGCGGCCGUGACAUUGCUGUUCAUCUACUACACUCAUCCCGGCACCUGCUACGAAGGCAAGGUCUUCAUCGGCCUCAACCUCACUCUCUGCUUCUGUGUCUCCAUUGUCGCCGUCCUGCCCAAGGUCCAGGAAGCCCAGCCCAACUCGGGUCUGCUGCAGGCCUCAGUCAUCACGCUCUACACCAUGUUUGUCACCUGGCUUGCCCUGUCCAGUGUCCCCGACCAGAAAUGCAACCCCCACCUGCUGACACGCUUCGGCAACGAGACGAUCCUGGCGGGCCCUGAUGGCUACGAGACUCACUGGUGGGAUGCCCCGAACAUCGUGGGACUCAUUGUCUUUAUCCUGUGCACGCUCUUCAUCGGGCUGCGCUCCUCAGACCACCGGCAGGUGAACAGCCUGAUGCAGACAGAGGAGGGCCAGUCGGCGCCAGAGAUCAUGCAGCAGCGGCAGGUGGUGGCAGAGUGCCGGGGCCAGGCCUACGACAAUGAGCAGGACGGUGUCACCUACAGCUACUCCUUCUUCCACUUCUGCCUGGUGCUUGCGUCCCUGCACAUCAUGAUGACCCUUACCAACUGGUACAGACCUGGCGAGACCCGGAAGUUGAUCAGCACGUGGACCGCCGUGUGGGUGAAGAUCUGUGCCAGCUGGGCGGGGCUGCUCCUUUACCUGUGGACCCUGGUGGCCCCUCUCCUCCUGCCAAACAGGGACUUCAGCUGAGGUGGCCCGCCCAACUGGUGCCUUGGGGCUCAGGGAGUCAGCCACGCUGAGCUCCCUACCCCAGCCCACCUCCAGGACUUGCUCCGGAGCUGGGCCCCCUGUUCUUAGUGCCUUUGGGGAUGGGGAACCUCAGACCCAAACCUGAGCCCCACCUUCCCACUGCCUCCAGACCACAGAGCUGCCUCUUCCUUACCCUUGUUCCCCAUCCCUUGCACUCACCCUCUUGGGAAAAAAGGGGCCCUUAUUUUUAGGCUCUCCAGGAGAGGGAUCCCAAGGAGACAAACCCUCAGAGCCACUCCCCAGGAUGGGGUCCCCAGCACUGAGGCCCCGGGUGGUGCUGACCAUAUCCCCCAGGGCACACCGCCCCCUUCUGGGACUCCGUGCCUUACUGAGUCUCCACAACUUUGCGCAAUAAAGCAGCUAAUGUAUGUACCUGCCCGUGUUCUGUGCCCCCCAUGCUUGGGCGCGGCCACCAUGCCUUCUGGGGCCAGUGUGGGGGCAGAAACAAUGUCAGAGCAGAGGAGGCCAGAUGAGGGACCCCAGGCUCUGUUCUGUAAGGCCUGGAGAGCCUUGGGGCAGAGGAAGGGGAGACUACAGGCGAAGGAGGAUAAAGGGAGUCUGGGGGCCAGGAAAGGCACUGGAGCAGUGUCCACAUGAGGGGUGGUAAGGCCAGAGUCAGGGUGGAGUGGAGAGUUUGGUGGCUGAUGGGGCCAUCUUCAUCAUCCUGCCAGUGCCUGCCCUGAGCUCCCGCCCAUCUCCAGCCCGCCGCCAGGGGCCUACUCCUUCUUCCUGCCAUAGCCAUGGUCCUUGUCACCAGCUCUGGGCCAGGUGCCUUGGGGAAUGCAGAGAAGAAUCUGACCCAGCGCCAGACUUAGGGCAUGGUGGGACGUGCACUGGAGUCAGCCGAGUGGGUCUGGAUCCGGUGAAUCUUGGAAGCCGUGGGGCUUGUAUGGGUCUCCAAGCGAGUCCUACCCCUCUGGGCCCUGGCUGCUCACCCAUCAGUCGAACGGACACCUCCCGCUCCCGAGCUGCUAUGAGGCAUGGAUGAAGCAGCCCGGCAGGUGCCCCAAAAGCCCCAUGGGUUUCCAUCUCUAAAGGCACAUGGUAAUGCAGCGGGAACAACAGGCUCCUGACUGUGGCCCCAGAGCCUGGUCCCGACACAGUGACUGCCCACAGGCCAUGCACCCUCUCCAUUUGCAGGUGUGACAAAUAGAUAGGACAUGACUCGGUUUGAUGGGUGCUGGGGGUGUGGUGGCCAGGGACACAGCCUGUUUCCAGGGAGCUCGUGGGUCACAAGGGCUGUGGGGGUGCCCGGGCUAUAAUGAGGGGACGCCUGCCAUGGGCUGGGCAUGAGGACGGACAUCCUACAGAAUGAGUGGGCACCAGCCAGCUCUAGAGGAAUGAAAAUGCUCGAGGCACAGGGGACAGCAUGUGAAUAAGAGAGAGUGGGGCAUUCCAGGACAGUGUGGAGUGUGGGGUGGCUGGUCAUCAUGGAGCGUGCAGGUCAGGAGAUGCUGAGCUGAAAGGUGGGCCAGCCCCAAUCACACAGGCCUUUGAGGGCCAUUGCGAAGAGACCAGAUGUUACCCUCAGUGCAGAGGGGAGCCAUGGAAGGUUUUGGAGCAGGGUAGAAGCAGUGAAGGUGUGAGGUAGUCAUGGGGGAAGUUCUGGAAGGCUUCAAACAGAGCAGUGACAUGGUCAAGGUGGUAUUUUAGAAGGAUUUCCCUGAAUGAAGGGAAGGGUUGGUAGCUCGGACAGGUACCAGGGCCCGGGAAUGAAGAGAAGUGGUGGGGCAGGUACUAGGGGAGGGGCAGAGGACGUUGUUUCUCAACCCUGGGACAGAUCCUGGGGAAGGUCUUGGCCCUGGGUGCCUUUCAGCCCAAGGAAACCCUCUCCAUGGAGCAGCCCGAACCUCCUUUCACCUUUGGGAGAAGAAGCCCACACCAUGCUCCUGAUAACCUUUUCUUUUUUUUUUUUUUUAAUGACUUUGUAGAAGUGAACUAUUUUAUCCUGCUUUUGUAUCAUGUUGCUCUACAGUUUUCAAAUUAUUCAUUCAACAAACAUGCACUGAGCAUGAGUUCUGGGCCAGGGUCUAAGCCAGGGCGGGCCUAAUCGGGAAGGAGGCGAGGCCAGGCUGAAGAGUCUGAAUGCCCGGUGAAGGAGUUUCAGGUCCCAACUUGGAGGUCACCACCUCUGAGAAGCCACCUGGAUUUCUCCCAGACAGGUCAAAGGGCCUCCCCCACCCCCCAGCGAUGUUAUUUCCCCAGUGGCCAUUCAGUCCCCCAGUCAGGCGGUGGUCUCACUCACUCACCUGGUGGGCAUUGUGGUGGAGGUGGAGGCAGAUGUCAGGGCUGACUGCUGCCCACCCAGGGGUCUGGCUGCAGGGUCUGGCCCGCAGAGGGUCUGGCCCCUUGUCUCCUGCUGCCCAGCCCCAUGGCUUCCACAUGUCCUCCCUCCCUCCCUCCCUUCCUUUCUUUCCACCUUCCUCCCUACCCCUUCUUCCUCCCUUCUCCACACCCCCCCCUCCUUUCUGACCUCCCAUCUCUUUUCCUUCAUACGCUCUCCUCUGUGGUCUCUCUCCCCUCUCUCUUUCUUUUGUCACCUCCUCUUUCAUGGGUCUGUGGGACAGGCCCAUAGGACACCGCCCUUUUGGUGGGCUAGUCCCUGACAGGCAGGUCUGUGACAGAGAGCAGCACAGCUCUGGACCAGACUGUCGAAGUGCUCUCUGGGCAGAGCAAGUAUGAAGCCCACAGAUCAGUGUGGGGACUGGAAAGCUCUCUGGGCUCAGCUCCAGUCCUGUGUGCCCCACCUCGCUUCUGUAAAAUGGCAACAGUGGCAGUUUUGUAAACCAUAAAGCCUGGUGCUUGGCAGAGCCAGAUGAUGCAGUUAACCAGCAGACAUUCCUCAUCCCCUCUCCCUUUCCAGCCAGCAUCAUGAAGGCCGGAAAAGUCAAGGGGUCCCUUUGCAGCUUCCUGGAGAGCAGUGGGUACCUCAUAACGAGCCCACUAAUGGCAUCCGAAGGAGAAGGCUAAGGGGCAAUUCCAGGAAAGGGGCUGUUUUUCUUCUUUGGGGGGCUGCUCCUUCUCCCCUUUUUCUACCUUAACACGAAUGAGAUGGCUGGGGCUACAGCAGCUAUCUUGGGACAGUGAGGCAACAAGCCCGAGGGUGAGAAACCAACAAGGUGAGGACCUAGUACAGAGAACUGGAAGGGCUCUGGGUGCUUGAUGUGUCCUGCUGGGCCUGUCCCUGCGCUUCUGUUAUGUGAGGAAAACAAAUGUCAAUGUGUUUCGGCCCCUGGUGGUUGGGUAUUAGUUCCUUGCUGCUGAAUGUAUAUCUGAUAUGACAUGUGAGACGAUCAUUAAUUUCAGCAAUAAUAAAAAUAAUAAACUAGAGAAACUGG